ACGAAGAAGAGGAGAAAGAAAACCCGGGCGGAUGGUGGAAGACGGACUGAUUGGUUGUUUUAAGCUGUGAAGCUCGCCGGCGCGGUUCUGCCUUUACUCACGUUGGUGUCCCCCCUCCUCCUCCUCCGCUGGUCUUUAUCCUUCCCGCUUCUGCGCAGCUCGACCCGGCUAAAGCCAUCCUGCCUGCCCCCCGUGUGUCUGUUUGCCCCUUGUGAGCAGCAUGUCUGAAUACGGCGGUCUGCCGACUAAUGGAGUCAACGCGGGAAUGAAAAACGAUGCUUUCGCCGAUGCUGUACAACGAGCCAGACAGAUUGCAGCUAAGAUUGGUGGAGACGGUGUGCCCCCAGCAAGUAACAACGGAGGAGCUGAGAGUUACCCGUUCACAGCACAGAAACGAGCCCUGGAAGAAGCAGAUGAACCCGACGCCAAGAAGGUAGCAUCACAGAGUGAAAGAGAUUCCUCAUUGUCAAUUGGAGCUCAGCUGGCUGCUCUGUCCCAACAAAGUGUUCGACCCUCUACAAUGUCGGAGGAGCUCAGAGUGCCCGAUGGCAUGGUCGGCCUCAUCAUUGGCCGAGGAGGUGAACAGAUCAACAAAAUACAACAGGAUUCUGGCUGCAAGGUCCAGAUUGCGCAUGACAGUGCAGGACUUCCAGACAGAAGUGUCUCUCUGACAGGUUCACCAGAUGCCAUAGAGAGAGCCAAGGCACUUAUAGACGACAUAGUGUCCAGGGGCCACGAGUCGACCAAUGGACAGGCGGGUUCCAUGCAGGAGAUGAUAAUCCCUGCUGGCAAGGCUGGCCUCAUCAUAGGCAAAGGAGGAGAGACCAUCAGACAGCUACAGGAGCGAGCUGGAGUUAAAAUGAUUCUUAUUCAAGAUGGAUCCCAGCCACCAAACGUAGAUAAACCCCUACGCAUCAUUGGAGACCCCUACAAAGUGCAGCAAGCAAAAGACAUGGUCAAUGAGAUUCUACGAGAAAGGGAUCAUGCUGGAUUUGGAGAGAGGACUGAAUACGGAUCAAGGAUGGGAGGAGGAGGAGGAGGAGGAGGUGGUGGUGGUGGUGGUAAUGGUGGUGGUGGUGGUGGUAUUGAUAUCGCUGUGCCCCGCCACUCUGUGGGAGUCGUGAUCGGCCGCAAUGGGGAGAUGAUUAAGAAGAUCCAGAGCGAUGCUGGAGUGAAGAUACAGUUUAAACCAGAUGAUGGUACGGGUCCUGAGAAAAUCGCUCAUAUUAUGGGUCCACCAGACCAGUGUCAGCACGCUGCUUCAGUCAUCACUGAACUUCUACAGAGCAUCCGUGCCAGAGAGGAGGGUGGGCAGGGGGGCCACCCAGGUCCCGGUGCAGGGAUGCCACCCGGUGGCCGAGGGCGAGGUAGAGGCCAAGGGAACUGGGGUCCUCCGGGAGGAGAGAUGACCUUCUCCAUUCCCGCUCACAAAUGUGGACUCGUCAUUGGCAGAGGAGGGGAGAACGUCAAGUCCAUCAACCAACAGACCGGUGCAUUUGUGGAAAUAUCUCGUCAGCCACCGCCAAACGGUGACCCAAACUUCAAACUGUUUAUUAUCCGAGGGUCCCCACAACAGAUUGACCACGCGAAACAGCUCAUAGAAGAGAAGAUUGAGGCACCAUUGUGUCCAGUGGGUGGUGGUCCGGGUCCUGGCCCAGGAGGACCAGGUGGACCAGGUGGACCAAUGGGUCCCUAUAACCCCAACCCAUAUAAUCCAGGGCCUCCUGGUGGCGCUCCCCAUGGAGCUGCACCUGGUGGUCCCCAGUAUUGUCCUCAGGGUUGGGGAAAUAACUAUCAGCAGUGGCAAGCCCCAGGCCCACAUGACCCCAGUAAGGCAGCAGCAGACCCAAAUGCAGCAUGGGCAGCAUACUAUGCACAAUACUAUGGCCAGCAGCCAGGGGGCGCCAUGCCAGGGCAGGCUCCAGGAGCCCCUGCCGCUGCAGCGCCAGGAGACCAGAGCCAAGCUGCACAGAGCGCAGGAGGCCAGCCAGACUACACAAAGGCCUGGGAGGAGUACUAUAAGAAGAUGGGCAUGACCCAGCCAGCUGGUGGAGCAGCAGCUGCUCCAGCUGUUGCAGCAGCAGCAGCAGCAGCCGCCGCAGGAGGAGGAGCUGCAGCUGAAGGGCAGCAGGACUACAGUGCAGCCUGGGCGGAGUACUACAGACAGCAGGCUGCCUAUUAUGGACAGGGAGGGCAGGCACCUGGACAAGCUGCUCAGCAGCAGGGACAACAGGGCCAGUAAACAAGUGGUUUGGACUGUUGGACGGUUGCGAUGGUUCUCUGGACUUGUUUGUUUUUUCUGUCAAGAGGAUUUCCCUUUUGGAUUUAAAAAGACAAGACCAUGGCUCAUCAUCCACACUGACAUUUUCUAUGUCACACCUCCUCAUUUGUUUUUUAAAGUAAAAUUCGAAGAAAGGAAAAAGGGAACGCAUUUUGCCCAUGCAUUGAUCAAAGCACUACUUGGGACUAUCCAGUUUACCCUUUCACUUCACUGUCACCUUGUAAUACAUCAGAUAGUUUUUUUGUUUUUGUUUUUUUUAAUGUGAAAUAAUGAGCAUUUUUCUUGUAAGCUAGCAGAACAGCAUCUCAACACUGACUCACAUUAUACUGGUUCUCUCCCCCCCCCCCUUCUAUUUCCUGAGGGUACAAACUGUCAAACAGUAUUUGGAAUAUAUUCAAAAAUUGUGUUUGUAAGAAAAAUGGUUGCAAAAUUUCUGGUCGUUUUCCUUUUUUUUUUUUUUACUGAAUUUCUUUUAAACAUUCCCAGUGUUUAAGUUGCAGGUGAAUUUCUUCCUGCUACCAUGACUUCUUAUUUUAAUUUUAUUCAUUGUAAUUAUGUUCCUCACAGGGGUUGUGUGUCUGUAUACAGUGAAUGCUACUGAACAGAGAAAUGUGUGCAAGUUGGCUGUAAUAAGCACCAACGGAUCUAUAGUAUGUAGGUAAGUUGGUGUGUGUGCGUGCAUGUGUUUGUGUGCUUGACUGCCCUCAGUUUAAUUUCAACAAACAUUAUAGUUGGAAGAUCCUUUUUUUUUUCUUUUCUUUUUUUUGUCCAUCGGGUUUUGUUAUUCUAUGCUGUUUUUUUUCUUUUAAUGUUAUUUUUUACAAGUUGUUUUUAAAUACUUACAAUAAAAAAAACAUUCAAAUUACCAGUGUGGUCUUCACCAACAUUGUGUUUGAGAAUUUGUCGUCACCCAUUUUAGACAAAAGUUCAACGUCAUGUCAGAUAAAAUACCUUUGAUGUCU